AUGUCGGACUAUCCCAGUAUAAAUAUAGAAACAACCGACAGGUCACGGUGGAGGCUCGAAGUGGAUCACGGAAAGCAAACUUGGCAUUAUUUGGAAAGUAAUGAUGAAAUAAAAAAUUGGCCUCAAUCCGCAUGUGAUCGCUAUUGGUUAGGAUUAUCUAAUGAUAAAAUUAACGGUGGUCAUUCAAAACACUCACCACCAAAAACCGCACUUGAAGCCAUAUAUAAUGGAUAUAAAUUCUUUAAACAAUUGCAAACCGUGGAUGGUCAUUGGGCGGGAGAAUAUAGUGGCCCUAUAUUUUUAAUCUCUGGAUUUGUGUUUUCGACAUACAUCACUCGUUUAUCAAUUCCUCAAGCUUGGAAAAUUGAAAUUAUCACAUAUUUAGUUAAUACUU